AAACCAUAUCGUAUCGAGCUCCAAGAUGCAAGAGGUUAAUGAGUAUGAGCGUCAAAGACAGCUAAAUAUCAAGAGAAAUCAAGAGCUUUUAAGAGAACUUAAAUUAGACAGUAUUCUUAAAAAAGAGCGAAACAAUGAAGUUAAUCCAAGAAGAAAUAAGAAUCUAGAGAAAAAAAAGAUAAGAAGAGACUAUAGUAAUCUUCCUAGAAGAAACUCUUCUAGACUCCUUGGAAUAUCAGCAGAACCGGAUAAUUUUAAGAGAAAACAAGGAGAAAACGAUGUUAAAGGGUUUAUAGAACAGAAAAAGCGUCAACGUGUAGCAGGAGAUUUGAAAUUGAGGGAUAUUAUUGAGGAAUCAUAUAGCUGGGAAGUUGCUAGAAAGGUUAUUGAAAAGGUUGCAUUAUGUAAGGAGGAAUAUAUUGAAAAAAAAGAGUCAGAGGAAUAUAUAGAUAAAGAUCUAUCUAAAUUAAAACAAAAAAUGGAAUCUCUUGAAUUAUACAAGAAAUGGGAUCCAUUUUACUUAAAAAUAGUUCCAGAAAGAAUAUCGUGUAUUGUUAUUCAUCCUAGUGUGGAAAAAAAAAUAGUGUUUGCAGGAGACAAAAUCGGUAAUAUGGGUAUUUGGGAUAUGGAUGGAACCAGGACAGAUAAGGUCAAAAAUGAGGAUGAGAAUGGAGAGAUAGAAGGACCGUUAAUUCAUCAUUAUAGAUUACAUUCAGGAUUAAUUUCAGCAUUUAAAUUUAAUCCAUUUUCUUUAAAUACGCUUUAUUCAUCAUCAUAUGAUGGUACAGUUCGUGCAGUACAUCUAGAUAAAGAAUUAUCUACGGAAAUAUAUGUUUCUGAAGGAGAAAAUAUGAAUGAACCGCCAUCAAUUUCGGCAUUGGCAGUACAUCCUAAAGGAGAUACGAUAUAUUUUACAACACUUGAUGGUCGAUUCAUAAUAAAAGACAUUCAUUCCCGAAGUGCAUCAACAUAUCAAUUACAUGAUAAAAAAAUAGGAGGAAUGUCUAUUCAUCCAUGUGCACCAUAUCUUAUUUGUACAUCAUCUUUAGAUCGUACAAUGAAAAUAUGGGAUCUUCGUAUGAUUAGUAAUUCAAAGCCGAUAUCACAUAUAGGUACAUAUAUGUCACGUUUAAGUAUAAGCUCAGCAUAUUGGAAUUCUGAAGGAUCGAUUGUUGCGACUAGUUAUGAUGAUACGAUUACUAUUUUUAAUAAUCCAAAUUAUAAAUUAUGGACAAAUGAGACCAAACUUGAGAAUAUAUCACCAAACUGUACUAUUAAGCAUAAUAAUCAAUCAGGAAGGUGGGUAACAAUAUUACGCGCACAAUGGCAUGAAAAUCCAUCCACUGGCAUACAAAAAUUUACAAUUGGAAAUAUGCAAAGACAUAUUGAUAUUUAUAGCAGUAAAGGAGUUUAUCUUGCUCGUUUAGGUGAUCCUAAUAAAAUUACUGCUGUUCCUGCUGUAUGUCAAUUUCAUCCAACUCAGGACUGGGUUGUAGGCGGAUCUGCUUCAGGAAAAAUUGUAGCCUACCUUCCUCCAGAAGAACAGUCUUUGUAAUAAUAAUAUCAAAAAAAAAAGUAAACAUCUUUAUAUAUUUAACUAA